UCAUAACUGUCACCACGAUGGGUUUGAAGGGUCAAUUACUAAAUUUUCUUCGAAAACGCACCUACUCGUCUUACGAAAUUCCCGAACGCUAUCGAACCUCGUUUUACUUAGCGAACGCCGCCUUGUUCGAUCAAGUCAAUUGGUUUCUUCACAGAGCUUACGAAAUCAGUUUCCCGAGAUUAGUGGCUGAUUUGAGAGACCGGGAACCGACGUUGAGUCACGCCGACGCGGCGAAGAGAGUCGAGACGGUGAUUCAGAUCUUGGAUCAGUGUAACUCGGUUAUUGAUGUGCGGUUUCCCAUGCAGCGUGAGGAUGGAACGAAGAGGAUGAUCCGGGGGUUUAGGGCUCAGUACGGGCUUUAUUCGGGGUUUAACACGUCGUUGGGGGGUCUGCGGAUGAGGAACGACGUCACGAGGGACCAAAUGAAGGCCUUGGCGGCGCUUUCCACCUACAAACACGCUUGUAUGGGGAUAAGACUGGCUGGGGGACAUGGGGGUAUCAAAAUCGACCCGACGGAAUACACGGAGUUGGAGUUGCAAAGGAUCGUGAAAAAAUACGCAGGGGAGUUGUACUUGAAAGGGUUUUGCGAUGGACGCACCGACAUUAUCGAGCCCGAUAUUAACGUGGGAGAGCGCGAAAUGGACUGGAUUACGUCGAUUUUUCCAGAUGGACACGACAAACUAAUGGUUGUUGGAAAGCCACUAAAGGCAGGGGGUAUCGAAAACUACUCGAAAAUGGCUAGCCAAGGUAUCUUUUUCGCUUUGGACUACUUCAUCAACAACGAAGCCGUCUUACAAAGCAUUAACAUGAGCCAACCUGGCCUCCAAGACAAAACAUUCAUAAUCCAAGGUUUGGGUACUUUAGGGACCCCCGUGGCGAAGUACCUAGAAAGCAGCGGUGCCAUUUGUGUCGGGGUUAAAGAACACGAUUCCUUCAUCUACAACGCGGAAGGAAUCGAUACCCAGGCCGUGGUUAAGCACAGGAACGACUAUGGUUCAAUUUCAAGCUUCAAGAACGCCAAACCUCACGUUAAUGAUGACAUUUUUAAAGAGAACUGCGACAUUCUUGUGUUGGCAGCUCAACAAAAAAACUUAAUUUGUUACACAGCGGAUAAAGUUAAGGCUAAAAUUGUAGUCGAAGCGGCAAAUGGGGCUAUUACUCCUACGGCGCAUCGAAUUUUGGUCUCACGCUCUAAGUUGGUUCUCCCUGAUAUUUAUGUAUCUUCUGGUCACGCGGUAGCGUCGUACUUGGAACACUUACUCUGUUUGAGAACAAUGGGAGAAACGAAUUUUCCGUUACUUCGCCGUCUGUACAAACAUAUCUUAGACACUUUUGAAGCUUCGACUCAAACCCGUCAAGUGGUUUCUUUAGCCACCACUCAGAAAAUCGUCAGUUGUGAAAUGAACCUCGACGUACUCACUUACGCAAUCGAGCACGUAAUGAGGGAAACGGGUGAUGAACUAAUCGAUAUAUCAAAGGAGUUUAACUUGAAACUGGACCUUCGAAUCGCCGGGUACAUCAAAGCCAUCCAAAGCAUUCAUCGCUCGGUCUACGAAAUGAACAGAUACUAAACUUAUUGUAAAAUCUAUUGAAUUCAACAGAUGAUUACACAUUUUAUUCUGCGGCGUCUUAUAAAAAUGUAUAAAAUUAUAGUUAUCA